AUGAGUGUGCAACCCCAUCACGGUCCCGAGGACAUAUCCUCUCCUCCUCAUCCUCAUGCAGAGGAACCCGCCCACCAGCAUCAGGCUGAGAUUCUGCCCGAAGCCGACGCUGGAAAGACGCUGGCUGCGACGGUCGAGGGGGUCGACUUGCUCCAGAUCCAGAAUCCCAAUGGCGGUCCGACUAUCUCGUACACCCUAGAGCAGGAGAAGAGAGUGCUCCGAAAGAUUGAUCUCCGAGUUCUCCCCUUCAUGCUGGCAGCCUAUUUCCUGCAGCAAUGCGACAAAGCCGCGUUGGGAAACAGCGCGGUCUUCGGACUUCAGAAGCAGGCGCAUCUGCACGGCACCGAGUAUUCAUGGCUGGGGUCGAUCCUCUACCUUGCGCAGUUGGCCUUCCAGCCUCUGGGCGCUUUCUUGCUCGUCAAGUUGCCGUUGGGGAAGGUCAUUGGGAUCGCCAUCGUGCUGUGGGCUGUCAGCUUGUUCGGCAUGGCCGGGAGUCGCAAUUUCGCAGGGCUGGCGACAACCAGGUUUCUGUUGGGGGCUUUCGAGUCCGUCAUUGCACCCUCCUUGAUCGCCGUCAGCCAGCUGUGGUGGCGUCGCAGUGAGCAGGUCAACCGCAUGAUGGCCUGGAAUGCCAUGAAUGGAGUGGCCGCGAUUUUGGGCAGUCUGAUCAUCUGGGGACUCGGCCAUGCUCAAAACUCGCACUUGUAUGCAUAUCAGAUUGUCUUUCUCUUCUUCGCCUGCUUGACCCUGGCCUACGCAGGCAUCACCAUCCUUUUCAUGCCCGACUCCAUCGGCACGGCCAAGUUCCUCACCGAAGAAGAAAAGUUGAUCGCAAUUGAGCGGGUCCGCGCCAACCAGCAAGGCUUGGAGACUCAACAGUGGAGAUGGGAUCAUGUUUGGGAGGUCUUUACCGACUUCAAGACCCUGUUGUGGUUUCUAUACGGCUUCUCGGUCUCCACCUCGGGGGCCAUGGCCACCUUUGGCCCGCUCAUCAUCAAAUCCUUCGGGUUCAGCGCCUUCGAAACCAUUCUGGUGGGAAUGCCUGUGGGAGCCAUCCAGAUCAUUGCCAGCCUCGGUGGUGGCUGGCUCUCAUCCAAGUUCAAUCGAAAGGGGUUGGUCCUGGCCGCUUAUGGCAUGACUCCCAUCGUGGGUGCCCUCAUCAUCUUGAAGGUCCCGCGCACUGUCGAGCAUCGAGGGGUCCUUCUCUUUGCCUAUUAUUUUCUUUCCAUUAACACGGGCAUUACUCCUCUCCUGUGGGCAUGGCAGGCUCAAAACACGGGCGGCAAUACCAAGAGGAAGUGCUCAACCGCCAUUGUUUUCCUUUCCACCUGCGCCGGAAACAUCGUCGGGCCUCAGCUAUAUUUCUCUGAAGAUGCUCCUCUGUACCGGAGAGGUCUUUAUUCGUGCCUGGGAUUCUUCUGUCUGGUUACUUUGCUGUCCCUGCUCAUUCCCGUAUACCUCAAGUACUUGAACAACAAGCACGCCGCCACUCGCCAACGACUGGGCAAAAACGCCAAAGUGGUUGAUCUCUCAAUGAUUGGGAAAGCCAAAGUCCAGCAGCAACUGGGGCAGGUCGAUGACGACAAGGGUGCCCAGCACGUCACUGAAGACAAAGGCCUGGCCGAUAUUACGGACUUGAAGAACGAGGACUUCAUCUAUGUCUACUAG